CUCAUAUGAAUAAUCAUCCUUCCAAAAUGGACCAUCGCCAAUCUCUCUUCGUAACCAUCCUCAUCGUCUUGCUAACUUUGAUGGUCUCUAAUUCUUCCAUGGCUGUUGGCGACUCGGCUCUCACCGGCGGUUGGGAACCAAUUACCAAUGUGACUGAUCCUACCGUUUUAGACAUCGGGAAGUUCGCGGUAGAUGAGCACAACAAGCAGCACAAGGAGUCCCUGAAGUUCACAAAGGUGGUUAGCGGAAAGAGCCAAGUGGUGGCCGGACGGAAUUACAACUUGACAAUUACGGCAACAGACGGCGGUGUCGAGAAUAAUUACGUGGCUAUCGUGUGGGAUAAGCCUUGGGAGAACUUUAGGCAACUGUUAUCUUUCAAAGGACCCAUUUAAGGGAAUAAAUUUGGGUACUGAAACGAACCCUGUCCAUGUGUUUUUGAACCUAUAACAAGAAUAAUCUACG